GUGAUGCGCUCGGGACGCGCCUCCGCGGCUGCUGCGCCGAGCGGCGCCGGGGCCGGGCCGGGCCGCGCAGACACGGUCUGUCCUAUGGCUUCGGGAUCCGUUCUUCAGUGGAGCAAAACUGAUCCAGAGCUGCUGGGCCCGUCGUGCUGGCUGUGGAGUGAGCCCAUCGCUGUGCCCAUCACCGUGCCCAUCACCGUGCCCACCGCCGCAGAGCCACCGCUGAGCCCAUCAAGGUGCUUCAUAGACUAACAACAAGCAGCUCGUGUGCAUGUGGUCCCUUCACCAGAUGAGCCAUGGAGCGGUGCCGCCAGCGGAGCAGCUUUCCGAAGUCCUGGCCAGUUCUUUAAGCAAGGCCAGUCUGUCCGUUGUGUAUCCCUGCUCUGCCUCCUGAGUGGUGCUUACAUCAACCGGCAGCUCCUGUGUCCCUGGGGAUGUUCCCCCUUGAGCCCAAAGUAGCAGCAGUCGACCUGGACCAACCCAGCGUGGUUUAUUCCAGAGCUGCUGGGCGGGAGCUGUCCGCUCCGGAGCCGUUCCCGAGCAGAUGACUGACACGGUGAUGAAUGGGAGGGUGCCGCUGCCGGAGAAAGCCUUGUCCGAGGGCUAUGCCCGGCUGCGGUACCGGGACACCUCCCUGCUCAUCUGGCAGCAGCAGCAGCAGAAGCUGGAGUCAGCACCCCCCAACACGUACCUGAGCCGGAGCCGGAGCAUGUGGUACUCACAGUACGGCAACGAAGCCAUCCUGGUGCGGGACAAGAACAAGCUGGACGCGCCCAGGGACACGGGGCAGUCCAAGUUUUGUGCUAUUAUGUGAUUGCUCUGGAGAGCAGCCAGGCUGGCCUCGGGCUGGGGACAUGGAUCUGCAGCACCCACAGGGCAGACCCGCGACAGAGCAGACACACGGCCCAGGCCAGGAACUGUCUGAGGUUUAUGUUCGUUUUCGCUGUUGUAGCAUCGUUUUGCACGUCAUGAGGUGUGUGUAACAAACCCAGCCUCGCCCGGGAGCUCACGAGCCCGUGUCUGCUGCCUGGCAUCUUGGCACGGUUCGUGCUGGACCAUGUGCUGUGUGUAAGUGGCUCGGGUACAGCGAGGAGCGCCUGCGGUCAUCUGGGAGCAGUCCCCAGCCAGCACGUCCAUUGCUAGUCCAUACGGAUUGCCAGAGCUCUGCAGGGGCUGGCGGGAGAGGCGGGCACAGAUCCGCUUCCAUCGAGGCCAGGAUUAUAGGAAGGUUGAUCCGCACAACUACAUGGCCAUCACUUGUUCAGCGUGCGCUCCCUCCGUGUAGUUACAGCACUGGAAGUGGUCUCACGCAUCCAGGAAUGAGGUGGUUUAUCAGGGGGCAGAGGGAAAGGAUGUGUUGAGAGUUUCAUCUGAGCCUCCGGAACCCCUGGCAGGAGAAGCCGCGCUGGAGUUUUCAUCCUGUGCAAAGGGCCCUCACUGGAGCCACAGUUUGGGAUCAGACAGGACUUUGGGUCUGCUCCCUUCCUGCAGCUCCCCACAGCCGCUGCUUCGGCACCAGUCACCAAGUGGGCACCUGAAAGGCCUGGGAAGCAGCAGAAAGAAAGUGACUGUAAAUCCACCCAUCUGCUGCCAAGGGACACACGGAAACUCCUGCAGUGUUCCUGCCCCAGAGAGCAGCUGCAGAAGAGGCCACUGACGCUUUGCAUCGAGUGUUGGUGCACGCAGCAGCUCGGAAGGUUCAUCUUCUGAUCGGGGCUGGAGAGCAGAUUUGGUGUGUGUGUUUUAAAUUGUGUCUGGGAGCGUUUGUGUCAACCAAAGGAUUGUAGGAGGGAAAAAUACAACUGCACUGGGGAGGAGAGGCUGUUUCCAGGCUGCCUCCGUUGGAGCUCAAUCCCCAACUUGCUCAAGGCAAGAUCACACUGAGAAACCCACCCCAGCACCUACAUCUUACUGAGAACAGAGCGGUGCUGCUUCCAGGGUGCUGAUUACACCGGGGUUCAGCACCGAAGGGUAACGCUGGGCUAAUCACAGCCUCCCUUUAUGCCCUCCUACAGCCCCGUGUCCCAGCCCAGCAGCACAUGGGCACAGGCUUCACCUCAGGCAAAUCAGUAUUGGAUAUUUGCUUCAGUGUGGGUUAUUUAACAGCCUGAGAUUAGGCACAGUCAUUAUUCUAUUUACCUAAAACCUCUUUUGCAUUUUUUUCAAGCACUUUAUUUAUUUAUUUAUUUUUAAUAUGGGGAAGAAGAAUCUCUCCCACCUCUCCUGUGUGGGUUAAACACUACAACACACGCUCAGGGUUGCUGAGCAGAACUUACCUGUUUUAACACGAAAUGGUGGAGGUUUGGUGUACUCAGCCCUGACUUGCAGCACGUGGAUGCACUGCAAACCAGAGGCAGCUCUUUUGGGGUGUUUAGCGCUAUUUAUGCAUGUGUUGGUACCUUACGCGUGUGCUCAUAAAGCCAGAGCUGCUGGCGCCCUCGGUGCUUUGCAGACCUCCACGUGCUCUCACCAUGACCCGACCAGCACCGGCUCUGGCUGGGAAGUGCUUUGGUGAAUUUUCCAGCCGGGGCAAACCCAUUCAAUGAGAGUCACCAAAGCGGCAGGAUGGGGAGAGCUGCAAGGCCCCAGCACGGGGCGUGCUGGUGGAGCAGAGCAGUGCCUGGGGUGUGCGGCCGCCCGGCUCCAGCCAGUGCCUGGUGCCAUUGACACCAACGGGCCGGACUGAGCCCCGGGAAGCUGCGGGUGAAGGGACCCGGAGAGGCAAGUUCAGCAGCCCCAGAGCACUCGGGAGCCUCAGGAACAGCAUGUCCCAAAGUUCCUUUCCUUUACUUUUCUCAUAGAAAAAAACCCACAACUUGUUUUGGUUUUAAUUUCAGUAAGAAAGUUGAUUAUUUUUGGUCUAAUCAGGCUCUUUUUGUUAACGUGGCUGGUAAACCCAGAUUCAGUUACUUGAAGAGUGUUAUUUGGACUACACAAGAAGAAAAUCUUAGGUAUGUGCAUGAACUCUUCCAGGAUUGGGGCUGGAUGGGACAGUACAGGAAGUGGGGCUUGCUCUCCCUCGCGCUGUGAAUGUGACCGUGCUUCAUUUCCACAUCCGUGUCCUCAUUAGUCACAGCAGGUUUGUGGAGUGGCUGCUGUGAGCCAGUGGUGUUGUGUUGAUGCACUUGUUUAAAACGCUGUUGUAGCCUCUUUGGUAAAGAGCAUUAAAGUGAUUUGAAGGCAGCACCGUGA